ACUUGUAUUCCAUAGAUGAUUCUUUGUCUGAUUUAUUUAAGAAGGCACCAAGCAAAGAAUAAGCUUUCAUUUUCCAUUUUUGUUGACAGGUCUGCCCCAGCCGCACCCCCAGCAGCCGGAGGAGAGGGUGCUGCUCCUGCCGGACCCCCACCCAACUUGACAAGCAACAGAAGGUUGCAGCAAACACAAGCUCAGGUCGAUGAGGUGGUGGAUAUAAUGAGAGUUAAUGUCGACAAAGUUCUGGAAAGAGAUCAGAAACUAUCUGAGCUCGAUGACCGUGCUGAUGCCUUGCAGGCCGGUGCUUCGCAGUUUGAAACCAGUGCUGCCAAGCUGAAACGUAAAUACUGGUGGAAGAAUCUAAAAAUGAUGAUUAUUCUAGGAGUGAUAUGUGCAAUCAUCCUCAUUAUUAUUAUUGGUAAGUACUUCACGACUUAA